UGGAUACAAGGAUUCAUGGUCUCACCUCUAUGGAUUCAUGAGCCUGCAAGGGCCUUAUAGAGAACAACAUUUCACAUCUACUCAUACCUUAAUCCAACUUACAACAUGACUGUCUUCUCUCUCAUCAUCAUCAACAAGGCCGGCGGUCUGAUAUAUAACAAGACAUUCCACGACGGCGGCCUCAACAAAAUCAGCACAAAUGACUAUCUUGUGCUAGCCGGAACUUUCCACGGUGUUCAUGCCAUUACCGCACGUUUGAAUCCGGUCAAGCCAGUCGCACAGCCCCCUGCUCCUGGCACCAACGAUCCACCUGGCCGACCAGAGCCAUCAUCUGGACUGGAGGUCUUGGAGACGGAGAACUUUCGAAUGCAGUGCUUUAAUACUCUAACGGGCACCAAGUUCCUGCUCUUCACUGAGACCACCCAGACCAAUGUGGACGUGACCAUCAAGAAGAUAUACGACUUGUACGCCGAUUACGUCAUGAAAAAUCCCUUUUACUCUCUAGAGAUGCCUGUACGAUGCGACAUCUUUGACAGAAAGCUACUGUCAUACAUUAGAGAGAUUAACAACCGGUGAGAAGGGAAGUGUUAGGGUCGGUAGCUUGCGUGGAGCGGGAUAAUCAGGGCAUCAAACUUAGACUCAAUAUCCAGUCCUCAAAUUAAUCGUGA